GGUUCAUAGGUUGUUGCUCAACCACUGAACCACAUCUGCCAGGCUCAAUAUGUUAUCUUUGAGGAUCAUAGAGUCAGAAAUCCAGCCACACUUAAAUAGGAGAUGCUUGGAUAUGUAUAUAAGGAAACAGGGCUUCCAUGAAGGCAGUAUCUUUGUACUAUGCUAUCGUAGAAAUGACAAUUAUACUCAAAUGAGCCCAGUGCUGUUUUCUGAGAUGCAUCCUUUGUGUUUCUGGUGUCGUUCUCUUCAUCAGAGGAUGGCAUUAGCCCUGUGUCUGCAGGUGCUGGGCAGCCUGGGAGGCUGGCUCUCCCUCUACAUUUCUUGCUGCCACAUGAAUAAGCACCGAAGCUACGAAUGGAGCUGCCGGCUGGUCACACUCGCCCAUGGAGUCCUCGCGAUAGGCCUCUCAGCGUACAUUGGCUUCAUUGAUGGCCCCUGGCCUUUCACCUACCCAGGCUCACCCAAUACACCUCUGCAAGUGCGCGUCCUGUGUCUCACCUUGGGCUACUUCAUCUUCGACUUGGGCUGGUGCAUCUACUUCCAGUCUGAGGGUGCCCUGAUGCUGGCACACCACACUCUGAGCAUCCUGGGCAUCACCAUGGCCCUGGUGCUGGGAGAGUCGGGGACAGAGGUCAACGCAGUCCUCUUUGGAAGUGAGAUUACCAACCCCUUGCUGCAGCUGCGCUGGUUUCUCCGAGAAACAGGGCACUACCACAGCUUCACUGGCGACGUGGCGGACUUCCUCUUCGUGGCCCUGUUCACUGGAGUGAGGAUCGGCCUAGGAGCUCGCCUCCUUCUCUGCGAAAUGGUCUCACCCAAGCCCAGGUGGUUUAUGAAGGCGGGGGGCAUAGCCAUGUAUGCUGUGUCCUGGUGUUUCAUGUUAAGCAUCUGGCGCUUUGCCUGGAGGAAAAGCAUCAAGAAGUACCGUGCCUGGAGAGGCAGGCGGGGCGAGGAGCCGCAGCGGAAACAUCCUGGGUACCUCCAGGCGCACUAGCCGACGCCUACCGUGGCUGAUGGGUGGGGUGUUAGCCGUGGGGCCCAGGCUGGAAAUAGGGCUGUGAUGGAGCCAUGCUUGUCUAACAAAUGUAGGUUUCAGAAAAAGGGCUCCCUAAUCAGUCCGUGUCCAAGUGGAGCACAUACCAGUAUUAAAACCCUAACUCCUGCCGUGGUGCAGUCGUAGGCAGGCAGGCUCAGUGUCGCUGAGGAGGUCCGAACCGCAUUCCUUUCGGUUUGUGCUGACUGUGGUCCUGCAGCUCCUGGGCAGCUGGACAUUCAUAUAGCUCAGAGAGGAACCCGGAAAAGAUUGGCGCUACUUCUUCCUUAUUCCUUUGAGGGGUGACUUUUUCAACAAACACUACCCUGUUUUCCGUGUAGCAAUUUAAAGAAAUCCCACCAUUUACUACAAAGUGAGUGCCUGUUAGGGAGACUCAUGCCUUUGGCAUUCUGCGCAUUGGAUCAGAGAACGGCAUCUGCUUACUUAACCAAAGGGAGGUGGGGGAGGCGCGGUAAGGGGCAGAACUGUGGCUUUGGGUGGGUUACUGGUUCAGCCUCCCUGUACCAACGAGGUUGGGGUCCCCCAGGCUACGUUUGGGUUGGUAUAUGGUGCGAGGACUCCCUGGACCCAGCAUGUAGUUGUACUCAUAGCUCUGAUUUAUCAUAGUGCAAGGGCACAAGGACAGAGCAGCAAGAGGAAAGGUGCCAGAGCAGACCCAGGGGGAGCCCAGGCCCAAACGUCCGAGUCCUCUCCCAGUGGCCUCACGCGGGCUGUCUGACUCCUCUAGCCAUGGUUUGUGAUAAUAUGUGUGACAAGCCUGCCAAGGAAGCUCAUUCGAGGCUCAGGUUUCCUUGGGGCUGGCCACGCACGCAGCCUUUGGCUGGCACGUACAAAGCUCCUGACUGCCAGAAGGGAAGGCGGUGUUCAGUAUAAACCAUGCGGCCUGUGCAGUGAGCCAGGCUGGUCGGUUCAUGGAGCUCUUCCCAAAUCCGUGUUCCCAGAUGCCCGCCAAGAGCCAGCCUUCCCAAGGACAGCAGCUCAGGCCUGCUGUGUUCCCUCUUCUGCUCAGAAUCCACAGAGCUGGGACUCGGGUGAGAGAUGGAGGAGGUGUGGGCAGGCUGACCCAGUCCUGCUGUCUGGGUUCUGCUUUGCCAGGGAAAAUGCCCCUUGUCAGGGCUUUUGUGCAUUAAUGUCCUGGCAUGAGCGGCUGUGAUGGAAUUCCACAGGAUUUCCCACAUGGACGCCACUGGACUGGAGGGAGACGGCAGUUCCGACUGCAGGUCUGCUAUGCUUCAUGCAAACUAGAACCAAAGACCGAAGUGUGUAGUGGCCUCAGGGUAGCGAGUCAAAGUUUUUCAUUUUGGACACACCCCCUUUAGUCCUGUUACUGUUUUUUCUUUUCUCUGGAAAAGGCACCACCAUCUGUGGACAACAUAUUAUGACAAGGCCAGUCUAGGAAGGAACAACAACAACAUGAGUGAUAUUCUCUGACCUCACCCGGAAAAGCAAGAAUGUAAACUUAGAACGAGACAUGUGGAAUCAAGAAUUCCUGCUUUCUUUUACGGAAUGUGGCUACUCCCUGGCUAACUCAUUUGGGCAGGUCACUUAUUCACUUCAUUCUUUGCCUCCGUGCAAAUCCUGGUGUGAAUGAAUGAAAUACCCCAUUGUGCAUCUCAUAGAGACAUUAGGUAGCAUUUCUUUUG